AUGGCCUAUCAACCUCAAGUACAGCAGCUUCCGCUGCAAGUCCCAAGGACCUUCCCUGCAUUCGGCUACUGUGACUCUUACUUUGUUGAGAGUCACGAUGAUGACGACGGCAUGUAUGCGCGCGCGGCGGCAGAGCGUGAACGAGCUCGCAACGUGGCCAAGCUCAGGCAGAAGACCAUUGGCGAGGAGCUCUCUCGUGCUACAGCUGAGGAGUAUCAAGAAGACGUGUUGGAUCAUAUGGAGCAUAUGGAGGCCGAGACAAUGCCCGACAUUCAGUCCAUCGAGAUCCAGACUGAGAUUCAGUGGUUCAUGAGACCUUACCUUCUGGAUUUCUUGCUCGAAGCGCAUCACGCCUUUCAGCUCCUUCCUGAGACUUUGCACCUCGCAGUCAACCUUCUAGACCGCUACUGCUCGCGCAGAGUAGUCUACAAGCGUCACUAUCAACUUGUGGGCUGUGCUGCGUUGCUAAUCGCCGCCAAGUACGGCGACCGCAAAGAGCGCGUGCCAACGAUUCGGGAACUGAAGUCGAUGUGCUGCUCGCUUUAUGACGACGACAUGUUCACUCAGAUGGAGUGGCACGUCCUGCAGACCCUCAACUGGGUGGUCGGCCACCCGACCGUCACCGGCUUCCUGCAGCUUGCUCUGACCGAAGUCUCCUUUGACCCCGAGCUUGAGCACAUGUCAUGGUACAUAUCCGAGCUGGCACUAUACCACAAGGAAUUCAUUCCCGUGCGACCGUCUGUCAUGGCACGGUCUUGCUUGGCACUAGCACGUUGCAUAUUGGCUCGCCAGCAGUCUCGAUACGAAGAUUGGUCCGCACGCUACGAUGCCCAAGUGGUGUUGAAUCUCUCCAACCGUCUUGGCCACCCGUCUCAGGCGCUCUUGAGGAAAUACGCCUCACCUCACCUCUCGUCGGCAUCAACAACCAUUGACUUGUUCCUCCAGCACCAGGCCAUGUUGGCGAAACGUGCGGUACAACAGCCGAUGAAUGAUUCAUCCCAGAUGGACGUGGACCCGCCUGCAAACACAUAUCUCGUACCACAGACUCCACAGAAGGCCGGAUUUGCAACCGGUGCUCCUGGCAUGCUCACGCCGCCCAUAACUCCAGACGGCAACUUGGUUUACGCGAACCCGGCCAUGCAGCCCCGGAUAGCCCAUUGCUCUCCCACGCCACCCUCCAGCGGAGAACAUGUUCAGCACAACAGCUUUGCGUCGGGCCCGCAACACUAUAUGCCGCAGCCGACCUUUGUAAAUUAG